AUGGGUUUGCUUUCCAACAAGAAAAAGGGAGCGUUGAGAAGAGGUGUGAUGAAAAUGACUCCGAUAGCAAGUCAAGAGCUUUCGAGAACGGCCACUCCUAUGAGAGCCUCCACUCCGGUAUCAAAAAGCCGCAUAUGCUCGGAUCCAUUAACUCUAGUAAAAAGUCCGAACGGAUUGCUGGAUCUCGAAAGUGUUCAAACUGUUACAAUCCCGACUAAGAUAAGAGAUGAGGAGAUAAAAUUUGCUGUUGAUGCGCAUCCAACACUGUCUGAAGUUAUAGACAAGCUCUUCAAAUCAGCAAAGACUGGUUCUGAUCUCCCUUUUAGAACUGCAUUUAAAAAUGCAAUCUUCCGCAAUUGGCAUUUAGGAUUGGAGAAACCCCUGGCUGAACUUCAGAAUGAAUUGUAUACGGAAGAACAUUCAUUUCAUUAUUUACAGAGAGGAAAAAUUCGAGGUUUUUCCCGAGCGAAAGCCCCCGACAAUUUCAAUCGACUGCUCCCGGAUUGCGAUUCGUUUUUCUUCCUCUUCUACAGAAACUUUACAGCAAUUUUACAGGCUAUAGCCGAACUAUAUUUGAUUGACAGACAACAUGAGAAAGCUUUUGCCUCUAUGCUGAUGCUCAUAAGCAAUGUUUGCUGCUCUUGGAAGCUUUUUUAUACUACAAUUCAAGUACAUUUUUCGAGAAGCAAAUUUUUUAGCAAUAAUGAAACAAAACUAAAAACAUAA